AUGAGAACACACGAUUCUACCCCACAUUUACCAACAGUAGGCAUUGGAACCUUCCAACUAAAGAGUGGGACUGUUAUCCGUGAUGUCCUACAUUCAGCUCUCUCAAUCGGUAUUAGACUCUUCGAUACUGCUCAGUGCUACCGAAAUGAGGAGCUCAUCAGUCAAUCUCUGAUUAGUCUCCUUCCUGACUUCUCUCUAACCCGAUCUGAUAUAACUAUUGUCAGUAAACUUGACCCUAAGAAUCAGGGAACGGAAAAAGCGGAAGCAGCCGUGGAGAAGACUUUGGAGUGUUUCGGGGGAUAUGUUGAUGUGAUGUUAAUACACUGGCCUGGGGUUAGCAAGAUGAAAUCAGACGACCCACAAAUUAAAGUUAUUCGGAAGGAGUCCUGGAAAGUUCUGGAAGAUUAUCAGGUUAAGGGUAAAAUAAAACAUAUCGGAGUCUCUAAUUACACUGUAUAUCAUCUUAAAGAGCUUAUAAAUUAUUGUAGCAUCAAACCAACUGUUCUUCAGAACGAAUUUCAUCCUAGAUAUCAAGAACUUGAUGUUUUGGAGUUUUGCCAGGAACACGGUAUAAAGUUCAUGGGCUACUCACCAUUCGGGCAGGGAGACUUGUUAUCAGAUAAAACUAUUGUCGCAAUAGCUGAAAAGCACCAUGUGUUACCAUCCAAUGUUUUAGUUCAGUGGGCUUUACAGAGAGGCGCCAUUUGUAUUCCCCGGACUACAAAACCUGAGCGAGUAAUUGAAAACUUGGAAUAUUCGAGCUUUAUUUUAGACAGUGAUGAUAUGCAGCAGAUGGCGCGGUUAAAUGAUGGUCACAAGUUUUGUUGGGAUCCUCACAGAGUCGUUUGA